AAGAGGUGAGGAGCAAAACUGAAAGAAAGCUACUCAGCUGGAACUGCAAGAGCGAGGUGAGGCAGGGAGACGAGUAAUAGUGGACAGUGGCGGGUGAACUUUGCAUCUGCAUCACUUUGGUCUAAGAAGAUUCCUGAUUUCCGUACAGUCUUCUGAGUCCUCUGAAAACUCUCUUGAGGCCCCUCAGGUGGGGAGGAAGCUCCCUCAAAAAUGGAAGAGCGCCUCUUGCAUUUUCUUUUAUGAACUUGGACAUCUCGGCAAGGAGUUCCAGCUGCGUAGAGCAAAUGGUCUCAAAAUCCCUGGGCUUGGCUUAAAAAGAACCCUAGAGCUGAUGGACAAGGUUGGGUAUUGAGGUGGCUGUUGGACUUGAGGGAGGCUGCAGCAAACUGAGAAACAUGGAAAAAGGCUAACUGUCGCAGAGUGAGCCGUGAAUGGUGUGCCCUCACUGGGGCCCCGGCCUGAGAGGACAACGGGCAGAGUCAAUGGGAAGGCAGUGGGGUCUGUCUGCCAGUCGUCACGCUGCAGUCGGAAAGAAGGCUUCUAAUGCCACUGGGACCCCCUGAUGGAAGGGGUUUGGAUCAACCGCUAUCGGAAGCAGCUGGUGAGGUCCAUCUCGUCGCAGUUCCUGGAAGAGAUCAUCUGCUACAUGAGGAAGCUGGAUCUCCUCAGUGCUGAGGAGGCAGGCCAGGUUCAGGAGGUGAGCUCCCUGUCGGAGCAGGUGAAGGCAGUCAUGGAUCUUCUGGCUGGAAAGGGCAGCUAUGCCUCUCAGUCCCUACAGACUUACAUAGAGACAACCAACUCCCAGCUCUAUCUCCACAUCACCGUCUAUGACCCUAUGGUGCAAAAGCAUUUGGAAAGUCUCCAGAACCGCUAUGGAACUGGUGUGGAACUUGGGCAGCUGGAGAGGCUCACUAAUCUUCUGCUGGUGGAAGGCUUGACAGAUAUUCAGCAGAAAGAGCAUGACGUCAUGCAGAUUGAGGCCACCAAAGGCAUGAGAAAUGUUGCCAAGAAAAUCCCCCUGGAGAAGCUCUUCCUACCUCUGUCUAAAGUCAGCAUUCCUCCUCGUAUCUCUGUGACCGUGGGCGUGGCUGGGAUUGGCAAAAGCACUUUGGUGAAACUGUUUGUUUGCAUGUGGGCCAAAGGGGAGGUCAAUAAGGACAUCAUAUUCGUGCUGCCUCUCACCUUCCGGGAACUGAACACUUAUGAGAAACUCUCUGCUGAGAGGCUCAUCCGGUCAGCAUUCCCUCAUAUUACUGAACCCAGCUUUAUCUCCAAUGGCACUGCCCGGAUUUUACUGAUUCUGGAUGGCUUGGAUGAGUUUAAGACUCCUUUAGAUUUUUCCAACACAGUCGUUUGCACGGACCCCAAAAAGGAAAUUCAAGUGGAUAGUCUGAUCACCAAUAUUAUCCGUGGCAACCUGUUCCAGGAAGCUUCCAUUUGGGUCACUUCACGGCCCACAGCAGCCAGCCAAAUCCCAGGUGGCCUAGUUGACCGGAUGACAGAAAUACGAGGUUUUGGAGCUGUGGAGAUCAAGGACUUCUUGGAUCAGAUGUUCCUUGAGAACAAAGACUUAUCCAGUCAAGUCUUGGGUCAGAUCAAGGCUAACAGAUCUUUGUACACAAUGUGUACGGUUCCUGCCUUUUGCUGGAUAUCUGGCUCCUCAAUGGGCUAUUUCCUAAAGAACAGCACUGAUCAAUCCCAAGAAAUGACAACUGUUCCUAAGACUUUAUCAGAAAUCUACUCCUAUUACUUUAAAAUGGCACUGAGUAGUGACUGGCAGGAAAAACAGAAGGAGACUCCCAGGAUAGAACAAGCUAUAAACAACAGCAAAAAAAUUAUUGGUAACCUGGGUCGGCUGGCAUUUUAUGGUCUACUCAAGAAAAAGUACGUAUUUUACGAACAAGACAUGAAAGCCUAUGGCAUAGACCUCUCAUCACUACAAGGCAGCUUGUGCAGUAGGAUGUUACUCAAGGAAGAGAUGCAGUUUUCCACUGUCUACUAUUUCUCCCAUUUAACCCUCCAGGAGUUUUUGGCAGCCACUUAUUACUAUGCUUCAGCAAAGCGAGCAAUAUUUGAUCUCUUCACUGAGAGCGGGAUGUCCUGGCCUAAGUUUGGUUUCCUCAAUCACUUUAAGAACGCUGUCCAGAGAUCACUGCAGUCAGAGGACGGGCAGCUGGAUAUCUUUGUGCGCUUUCUCUCUGGACUUCUCUCCCCACAGGUGAACAAAUUACUGUCCGGUUGGCUCUUGAUAAAGGAUGAGCAUAACAGCUUCCGAAGCCACGUGAUCAGCUUUCUCCAGAGCUGCCUGAACACUGACUAUGUCAUCUCCUCCAGGACUGUGAACGUCAUGCAGUGCUUGUAUGAAGUGCAGCACAUGGAGCUGGCCAAGACUGUGGAGGAAGCUAUGAAAAACGAGAGCUUAGCUGGGAUGUUAACGCCAGUGAAUUGCUCUGCCCUGGCUUAUCUCCUGCAGGUCUCUGAGGUGUGCAUGGAGGAGACAAACCUCUCCAACUGCCUCACCUACAAUAUCUGCAAAAGUCUGCUUUCCCAGCUCCUCUUCUGCAGUAAUCUCCGGCUGGACAAUAACAAGUUUAAGGACAAUGUGAUGGAGCUGUUGGGCAGCGUCCUGAGCGGGAAGGAUUGUCAGAUUCAAAAGAUGAGCUUGGCAGAAAACCAGAUCAGUAACAAAGGGGCCAAAGCCCUCGCCAGAUCCCUGAUGGUCAACAGGAGCCUGACAGUACUUGACCUUCGCAGUAAUGCCAUUGGACCCACAGGGGCAAAAGCACUGGCUGAUGCACUGAAAAUAAAUCAAGUCCUACUCUCCCUGAACCUCCAGAAUAACAUGAUCAAGGAAGAUGGUGCUAAAUUCCUGGCUGAGGCCCUUUUAACCAACCACAAGCUGAGAACUUUGCAUCUUCAGAAGAACUCCAUUGGACCCCAAGGUGCAAAGAAAAUAGCAGAAGCACUGAAGCAGAACGGGAAUCUCAGGGAACUGAUCCUCUCCAGUAACUGUGUGGGGGACACUGGCUCUGUAGCCUUGGCCGAAGCUCUGAGAGUGAAUCACAGUCUCACAACCCUGGACCUCCAGAGCAAUUCGAUCAGUAACACGGGGGUCACGGCGCUGAUAGGAGCGCUGCGCUCCAACCGGGGCCUCAUCAGCCUCAACCUUCGGGAGAAUUCCAUCGGCCAAGAGGGGGCGCCGGAGAUAGCCAACGCUCUGCGCGCUAACUGCACGCUGAGGAACCUAGACCUAGCGGCGAAUCUGUUGUAUGAUGAAGGCGUCAAGGCCAUUGCACUGGCGAUGAGAGAGAACCAGGCGCUCAUGUCCCUGCACCUGCAGUGGAACUUCAUCCAGUCGAAGGCGGCCAAGGCGCUGGCCCAAGCACUACACUCCAACACAAGCCUGACCAGCCUCGAUUUGCAGGAGAACGCUAUUGGCGAUGAAGGCAUGAUCGCCCUCGCUGCUGCUCUGAAGGUGAACACCACUCUCACCACCCUCUGCCUCCAGGUGGCUUCGAUCGGGGUGAGCGGGGCAAAAGCCCUGGCGGAGGCCCUAGUUGUUAACAGAACCCUCACAACUCUGGACUUAAGAGGAAACUCCAUCGGUGUGGCUGGAGCCAAAGCUAUGGCCAACGCGCUGAAGGUUAACCGCAGUCUCCGCGUUCUGAACCUCCAGGAGAACUCCUUAGGCAUGGAUGGAGCUAUCUGCAUUGCCACAGCUCUGACCGGAAACCAUGGCCUCACCUACGUCAAUCUGCAGGGGAAUCGCAUCGGCCAGUCCGGCGCCAAGGUGAUCGCUGACGCCAUCAGAACAAACUCUCCGCACUGCAUUGUCGAGAUGUGAGGGCCGGCUGCACCAGGAACGGCCAGCACGAGUCAGCAGCAGGCAGGGGAUGGUGCAGAGACUCGCUUUAAUGACAGCGCCGGGUCAACUCAGCUGGCGGGUUCCCCACAUCAGAGCGUGGCAGCACAGGGAGCUGCUUUCCCAGCUCGACCCACACGGCCAAUUGAAGUCUCCUGGGCCUGGAAUGCCCCCGUGGACUCUGACUGGCUCAGAGUGCUGCGUGGGGUGAUGGAGGCGCUCGCUCCAGCUGUGCUGAGGCCUAGGGGCACUAAUGAAAGCUGCCGCUGAGGCUGCUCCUGCAGGUGUAGAAGGACGCGUCUCUCUUAGCAGCACCAUUGUUCCAACAGCUGCCAGGCUUGAGGAAUGAGCUUGCGGCAGCCAUGACUGUUAAAAGGCAGGCGGUGGGGACGUGGAUGGAAGGGACGCAGUGCCAGCAAUUUAGUCCCACCUCACUUAUCCCUGUAACCGAGAAACCCUCCUGCCCUGCUAUUGCUGAGCCCGUCCCUCCAGGACAGAAUGUCCCCACCUCACAGCCUGGUGUGUGUAGGGCCUGGUGCUGUGUGUACCUCGGUGUGUGAGCAUGAGGCUCUCAAUGCACAGGUAGACCCAGAGCUCCCACCACCGAGAGACCCCCCGCACAGCCAGCUGCUGAGAAUUCUUUAUACAGUUUGACUGGACUGCACGGAAACUCGCCAGGCAGCUGCUUCCCUCCUAUCAUUAUCGCCCAGCCCUGCCGGCUGUAAGGCCAUUUAAUCCCAUUGGGGUUGUACUUGGCAGGGCCACGCAAAUCUCUGCUCCCGAGGUUCACCACAUUCCCUGGAGUAAGCUCCAGGAUGGUUGGUGUGUCCUGCUUUAGUGGGUCUCUAAUGGGAAACCUCUCGCUUCCAUCAGCUCAUAGGGAGCUUUGGCUUGUGAGUACCUCCAGGCCUGUAGAAUGAAUAAACCACUGUGCUCAUGCGGCAUCUAACAGC